AUGGGUACUGGCAAACCUGGAACAGACCCGCCAACAAAGCUUAAAACCAAGCUUGCACAGGUCCAAGGUCAUCAUCCAGGAACCCAGACUCGCCACCCCAGCACUCCGUGCCCCAGUGCUCAGCCACUGCGGCAGAGGCGAGCGCUGCGCUCCAGGCGCCGCAAUCCCAAGGACACGGCCUAUCUGACACCUCCGGCCCCAGAGGAACCGGCGGCAACUGCAGCAGGAGUGGCAGAAGCCGCCUCGGCACCUCUCUCUAGUCCUUCCCAUCGUCUCGAUGAGGGCCUGUCCCGGCCAGAGGGACAUUUCUUUCGUCCUCCCUCCGAGGUUCGGGGACCAACGGACAGGCGUGGCAACAGAGGACCGGAUGACACUACAGAUGGCCCAAAUGAGUAUGUCCUCAAAAUAAGCAACAGCGAGUCAAGCAAAACUCCAGACCUGAUUGAAGUGCAGAGUCACAUCAUCAUAUUUCUGAGAGCGGCUGGAUUUCCAACGGCCUCCGUGUGUCAUACUAAAGAAGACAAUUUAACCUCUCUCAUAUCAGUAGAUAGCGGCUCUGAAAUCAAAAGCUACUUGGUGAGGCUGCUGACUUAUCUACCAGGAAGGCCUAUAGCUGAGAUUCCCAUCAGCCCACAGCUAUUAUAUGAAAUUGGAAGAGUAGCUGCCAAAUUGGAUAAAACACUGGAGCCGAGUGGAUGA